UGUGCAUAAUGGUAUUUAAACCUUUGUUUCUCUGAGAGAAGAACUCAUUGUCUCUCACUUACGAUGGCUCUCCUCCUACUGCUUCUACUCACCUCUCUCCUGUCUCAAAUAGGACACUGUGCUUACGUUAACGUGGGCAUAGUGAAUGGCUCGGAGGUUAAAGCCCAUUCCAGACCCUACAUCGUAUCUGUACAACAAAACAAAACGCAUAUUUGCGGGGGCUUCCUUGUGACGGAGAACUUGGUCAUGACGGCUGCACACUGCUGGAAUCCAGGGACGAAGCUGACCGUUGUAUUGGGUGCUCAUGAUCUAAAAAAGGACCGGUCAACUUUUACCCGUACAGAGGUGAAACUUUACCACAUCCACCCGAUGUAUGACUCAAAGACGCUGUUCAGCGAUAUCAUGCUGUUGCAGUUGAACAAAACUAUCAAAAAGACCAAGCAUAUCAGUUGGAUCUCUAUACCAAAAAAACAGGAUCAGAAUGUUAAGGCCAAGCAGGUCUGCAGCAUUGCAGGCUGGGGGAGACAGUCUAACAACAGUAGAACAAGUGAUCGUCUCAUGGAGGUCGAUGUCAACAUCAUGGACACAAAAUUCUGCAAGCUAUCUUGGAAAGACCAAUUCUCUAUCUCAAGUAUGGUGUGCACUAAUGGUCACGGAGGAUUUCUUGAGGGGGACUCUGGAGGUCCUUUGGUGUGUAAGAACACAGCUGUCGGGAUUAUUUCAUUCUAUAAUCCAAAAAAGGACAAAAAAACUCAGUUGCCCUAUGUUUACACCAAAAUAUCGAAAUAUCUGUCAUGGAUUAAGUGUAUUUCAGGACAAAUUAAGUAAACACUUGGCUAUUAUUUCAUAUUUUAUGUUUAAAUCCCUCCCAUUAUUUCAUGAAAAUAAAAUCUUAAGUCAGCAUGUGGGUUUGAAUUUAUCUCUUGUAUCUGAAGCAGCUAAGCUCAUGGACAGUUAAAGGCAUUGUAAAACAGAACUGCAAAAAAAAAAAAAAAAAAAACAUUUUGUCACUUUGUUGUACAAAUCACAAUUAUGAAUAAAUAAAUAAGGGAAUUACGAAAUAACCAAAU